AUGUCAAUCACGUCGCGCAGCCAAAGCUCCUCCCCAGAUAUUCUUGGCCCUCCAGGAGACGCCGAGUACUUGAUCUCCUCUCCAAUCAAGCCAUUUACUGGUCGCCAAAGCUGGAUGUCUCCCGCCGUAAGCAAACGUCAACUAACCCCGGCCAAGCGACCGCGCGCGACUCUCAGUCCAGGAAAGAGUGGUGCGCAUUCGAUCCGCUUCGACGACAUCCUGCUUCCUGGCUCACCAUCCAGGAAGCUGACUGGUCGCCAAAGGUCCCUCUCCCCGGAAAAGAUUCAACAAGAUGGCAACGUGAGCCCGUGGCGUAUUCGAGUCACUCUCGAAGCAACACAAGAUGAGGAGAACCAAGUCGAAGCCAGCCCGUCGCGCAAACGACGGCGACCCUCAACUGUGACAACAAUGGUACCUUUGAAAGAUGAGCGGAGCCCUUUAAUGGAACGGACACCAGCAAGGAAGCGUGGCCGCCCGAGGAAAUCAGACGCUCUGCCCCAAAAUGGAUCACCAUGGCCAGGAAGCCCAGGUCACACCCCCGGCCCAAAUGAAGUCAGUACGGAGAAAAGGAAACGCGGACGACCGCGUAAGGGCACACCGAAGCCAGCGCGAGUGGAAACACACAUUGCCGACGAUGCACCGAUAUCAGAACCCUUGGGGCAUGUGAGUCCAAUGGAUAUGACUGCGGAGGUUGCAGACCCUGCAGACGCGGGCCGACAAUGGAGCCCGAUCAACUUGGGAGGAGAAGAAGGCUUUGACAGCGACUCUCUUGGGGCCGACGAUCUACCCGUUGCGAACCUUCGUGCACCAACGCCAGCACGACCCGAGACCUGGAACAAUGACACUGGCCGCGAGUAUGGCAGAACUACCUAUGAUACUCCCAUCAUCGCAGAUACCGAGCAACAAUUCGAAGACGAUGAUCGAAAUAUACAUUCUACUCCUUCUAAGAUGCCGUCACCAACAAGAGAAAGGCUAGGUUCAUCUAGAUCGUCACGUCGUGGCACAACCUCCUCACCACACACCUACCCGUCCCCUAGUCCAACUUCUUCGCCGGGCGAGGAAGAGAAUCGCGCUCGAGAGAAUCGUUUGCACGAAAUCGAGACCAUUCACCAACAACCUACUUCCGAUGCAAUGGAAGAUCCGACAGAUGAUCAUGAAGAGUUCGAUUCUAUCAUGGAAAGCGAGGGCUUCACAAUGGUUUCCUUAGAUACACUUCCCUCGGCCAAACAAUUCGGCCUUGGAUCUGGCGCCAGAAAUGCUACAGAUAAUGCUUCAAAAAUUCUGCGAGACCGCGAAAAGGGUGUCAUCGGUGAACGACUGAAGCGCAAACUGGGUGGGGGCAUUGAUGGGCUACGAAGCGAUCACAACUCUGCAAGGCCAAGUCCUUUAGCCCGGAAACAUUCUCCCGCUUACCAGGGUUCCCAAGAUCCCCAACUGGAACCCAUUCAUCCAAGGCAACGAAGUUCACCUCACGUUGUAUCCUACCCCGAGCUACCUGUAACAAUAUCGCCGGAAAAGCCACGCAGCCAACAAGAAACUUUCGAUGAUAUGGAACAAGAUGAAUUCGAAGGUGAUGUCGAGUAUGAACAUGAAACCGAUCAACCAAACCAGGACGAAAGGGAUUUGGAAGAAGUGGACGAAGAGGAGGAUGAGCCAGCUAUGAUUGAAUCACCACCGUUUACGAGGCAAAGCCCGCCACAGCACGGCUCAGCGAAUCCAAGUCGGAAUCGAGAAUACCGAUGGCAAAAGGAGCGAGAAAUUGUCAGUCGGCAUGCAGCAGACCCCAUGAAUGCGGCGCGGCUCGUUUACAUCGAUAGCGAUGAGAGUGCCUCUAAUAAUGAGGAUGCUGGUGGAAAAGGAUUGGAGGAUCUUCCACUGUCUGAUGCGCAGUCGGCCAUUGGACAACCUUUUGAGGAAGAGCUCGAGGAGGAACAACCCUUCGACCAGGAACCUGUCAAUGAACAUGUCGACGAAGAAUCUGCCGAUGAACAUCUAUAUGAAAAUAUCAAUCAGCCUCUCUACCAAACUCGCUACCAACAUCGCUAUGAACCUCUCGAGCCCGUCUAUGAAGAAAGUGUCAAUGAAGAAUUCGUCGACGAAAACAUACCCAAGGAACCUCAUUAUGAAACUUUCGAUCAAUAUCCUCGCCAGCCUUCCCACCAACGCCCUUACCGAACUCGGCAUGAAAGUCUCGACGAAGAACCGCUCGAUGAACCUCAGUAUGAAACUUCCAAAUCAUCUUUCCGCCAACCUCUCCACCAAAAUCCCCACAAAGCUCAUUAUAAAUCCCUCGAUGAAGAGCCUGUCGAUGAGGCACCCGAAUAUCUUGAACCUGAGAUCAAACCAGGCACAUUCACUUCUUACCAAGAAGCUGACUCAGGAAAGGAUGUAUUGGAAGAAGACAAUGAGUCUGUCGAUAUUUGGCAGCAAGAGGUGGAACCCGAUGUAGGGGGCGAGCCUGAGGUUAGAUCAAACCAACCCAGCUCUGACGAAAGGGACAUUGAUCCAGAAAUGCCCGACGAGGAUGGCUUUGAUGAUAUCUGGCAGCAAGAAGCACGAGAUCAUAGCCACAUUUCACAGAACUCAGAUGAUUUUGUAUCGCCUCUUCAAGAAAGCAAGAGCCCUUGGAAGAGGAUUGCUCGUUCUUCAGUGCACCAGGACAACCUGAGCUCAUCACCAGCUUAUGUGACCUUGGAGCAUGACGAGGCUCGACACUUUGAUCGGACCCAUAUUCGCAAGCUACGCGAUCAAGAGAUUGAUCUGUCGGCGAUCAUGGCAGAAGAUGACACUCCAAACCGUGCCCGUUACUAUAACGGAACAAGCACCCCUAGGAGCAUCUUGCGCCGACCUGGCCCCCAAAGCUCCGCGAUGAAAUCCGACUCACGAAAGCCAGAGAAACGGGUACGUCUGCAGCCUAUCUCCCAAAGCCCAGAAAGGCACUCGGAAGCUGAAAUCGACUCACCUGGCCCUCAUCGAAUUUCUCACGUUCAGUCGCCACAGGAACUUCAUCCCAACCGGGGUGUUCCUGGCUCUGAAAUUCAAGAGAACGAGUCUGUGCAGGAAUUGACAGCCACUCCAGAGCCCUCGCAUCAAGCAGAGGGGCAGCCUGAAGCAACUUGGUUCCAACGUAUUACCAGCCUGACUCCUAGGUGGCUCAAAGCCCCACCCAAGUCCCGUUAUGACGAUACUUCCAGUGAGGUCUCCGAAGAGGAACAAGACUACGAGCAAAGCGACCAAGAAGGAAAUGAGCAUAGUCAAUCGGCACCUGACAUCCGGGAGAAACCCGAGCACGAGCCUCGUUCCAGCCCAUCACACCAAUCAUCUGUCCAACAGCUGGACGAACCGGCAGGUUCCCCGUCUGUGGAUUAUGACGAUCACCGGGCUUCCAUCGAGGCCGACGAUCCAUGGAUCCAGCCAGAAGUAACAGACGACGCCAUGGAAGAUGAUGCUGUUGCUGAUCAAGAUAAGCUGCAGAGACUGAAACCGGGACCUAGACCUCUUGCGGUGUUUGGCUACUUCUCCGAUGCCCAUUAUACUUCUCUUCGGCGGAUCUACCGAAUGGCAAAGCGACACCCUGAACGGUUCCCAUAUUUUGACGCGCCCGGACGCGCUGAGAUUAUGGGUGACUGGAUGUGGCUCUCAGAUGGACGUCACGGUGUGCCAAUCACUGAAGUGCAAUUUGCCGUGAUUGAUCGCUUUGUACAUGAACUAUCAAACGCCGACAUCGAGUAUGGCGGCAGUGGGCAGGUAGACUGGACCGAAGCCGAUCUGCACCGGAGGCUGAUCAGCAUUAUUAUUGGCGAGCAGAUCCGGGAGGAGCGAAAAGCGAGAACAACUCGGGGGGCCUCAGUCGAUACCUGGCGAUGA